AUGGCUCCUACAAAUCUAUCUCACCGUCAAACGCAUAACUUGCUCCUAAUCUCGAAACUUUUGAGUCUCCGAGAUACCGCUUCACCGCUGACCUUGCUGUUGGACACGCUGGAGCAACCAGCUACACCACUGAUCAGGGAAUAUAUCCGACGUGCGAAGAUAUCCAAAGUUCAUAUUACUCUCAUUUCAUUCGAGACAUUGAAGUCACCAGAUGGAGUAGACGCCUUUGUCUCAGCUCGAAGAAAGACUCCCGGAGAGAUCAUCAGGGAAGUCGCAACCGCAUAUCAGCCCACACAGUCGGCGAGCCCUUCACGCCGACGCCUCAUCCUCAUCGACUCCAUCAACCCGCUUCUCCACUCAAGGAGAACAGACCUUCAGUUCAGCCUUUCGACAUUCCUAGGCACGUUCCUCGCCCCUCCUCAUCCUUCCGCACCAAAAGUUGAGGUCUCCCUCAUCGUCACCUUCCAUCAAGAUAUCCCCAGCCCUCCAACGCACUCGCCGUAUGCCCCGUCACACCUCUCUAUACUAAAAUAUCUCGCCACGACCGUGAUCCGUCUCCAUUCGUUUUCUCACAUCCUGGCGCAAAAAGCCGCUCGAGACCGAAGCUUAGCAGCACCUGUUUUCGGGCUAGAGGAAGAACAGGAUGGAGUCCUGCUUGGCAGGUUAGACAAGCCCGGGCGAAAUGAAGCGGCCGAGGGGAUCGUCCUGGAGAUGGAACAUCGGCGCAAGAGCGGACGAGGUGUCUUGGAGUGGUAUUUUAUACCGCCAGCAUCUCAAUACGCCCCUCAGCAAGUCAAAGAGAUUGUCAUCUUGCUUGAUGAUCACCCGCUGUAUCGCCCGCCUGAGGACUUGGAUGCUGGAGCGGCCGAGGAAGAGCCAGAGUCCACCUUUGAGUUGCGCCUCACCGAAAAGCAGAGGCGGGAUAGAGAAGGCGUUGUUCUACCAUACUUCGAUGCGCAGCAGGGUAAUGGUCCCGGUGAAGGUGGGCGGAUUCUAUAUGACAUGGGAGAAGAGGACGACUUCGAUGAAGAGGAAGAUGAGAUAUAA